AUGAAUGAUCAUUCGACCAAUCCAUCAAAAACCCUUCACAUUGUGGACAAUGACAUGAUGUGUGAAAUCAGAGACAAUUAUGAAUUCAAAGUUAUGCUCGAAUCUCUAGAAGCAAAGUGGCUCACGAAUGUGGAAACCAAUAAAACGAUUUUUGGAUUUCAAUCGGUUGUCGAUGGAGGGCAAUACAAAAUACAGUCCAUUAAUACAAGUCCAGUGUUCUCUGCUAACAAUGCCCAUAGAGUUCAGGGUCGGGAGUCAAUGCAAGCGCGACAGCCGGUCUCGGGUCAGUCUGGCAACAAUGGGCUUAUUAAAUCAGAACAAGAGGGCGGUGAUGAACAACCUGAGCAACCAAAGCAGAGGAAAAGAAAAGCAAGAGCUGUUCCAGGCUCUAGUGUCCUUGGACGCGGGACAAGACCAAUGCAAGCGCGACAGCCGGUCUCGGGUCAGUCUGGCAACAAUGAGCUUAUUAAAUCAGAACAAGAGGGCGGUGAUGAACAACCUGAGCAACCAAAGCAGAGGAAAAGAAAAGCAACAGCUGUUCCAGGCUCUAGUGUCCUUGGAAGCGGGACAAGACCACCAGCAAAAGCCAGAAAAAGCGAAAAAGCGAAUGGCACCGAAAGAGAUUUGCUUUUACCACAAACUGAAAAAUCGAACAAGCAGGAGUUAACGAAUGAAUAUAAAAGACUCAAGGAGACAGCUCUAGAGCAUCACAUGAAAGGACGGUAUGCUGAAGCAAUCAUAAGCUAUAAAAAGGCACUGCAUCUUAUGGAAAAUGUCCUUGGUAGCCAACAUGCAGAUGUAGCAGAGAUCGUUUACAAUAUUGGAAGCGCAUUUUCUGACCAGAAGCUUCCAAAGAAAGCAUUGGAACAGUACAAGAAUGCGAUGAAAAUUCAAGUUGUGGUCCUUGGAGAUGAAAAAAGUCAUGUUAUAGCCGAUACAUAUGCUGGUAUGGCCUCUGCCUAUUCGGAUCUGGGUAACCAUGCAAAAGCAAUAGAAGCGUACCAAAAAGCGUUGAAGAUCUUCCAGAGUCAUGAUAUGGCUGCAUCUGUUGCACACACCUUCAACAAUAUCGGUAGGGUGUUACAACGACAAUUCAAGUACAAGGAAGCAAUAAAGAUGCACGAAAAGGCGCUGGAGAUCCAGGAAAGCGAGCUUGGAGAGCGUCAUGAAGAUUUCGCAACUACAAUUUCUCAUUUCGGCUGCAUCUUUCACUGCCAAGGCAAACUCGAGGAUGCGCUCAGAAUGCACAAUAAGGAGCUUUCGAUUAGAUUGGAAAAACUGGGAACUUUUCAUUCAGAUGUUGCGGAAACCUACAAUAGCUUAGGAAAUGUCUUGAAGGACAAUGGAGACCUUGAAAAGGCGCUGAAGAUGCACGAUAUUGCGUUUAGCAUACGAAUGGAGAAGCUUGGUUGUGAUCAUCCAUCUACUACCGAAUCAUGCAAUAAUAUGGCCGUCGUUUGGAACGAUCAAGGAGAGCAUAAGAAGGCGAUAGAAGAAUAUGGGAAGGUGCUCGCGAGGCAGUUGAAAGCGCUCGGUGACGAAGACCCACUGGUCGCUGAUACUUAUAACAACUUAGGAUGCGCCCAUAAUAGGCAAGGUAAAAAUGAGGAAGCAAUAGUAGAGUUCGAAAUGGCCCUGAAGAUUCAAGAAAAAGUCCUGGGUGAUAAUCAUCAAGAUACUGCAAAAACAUACUUUAAUCUUGCUGGUGUGUACCAUGAUCAACACAAGAAUGAGAAAGCGUUGGAAAUGUUUCGCAAGGCGCAUCUAAUUCAGCUGGAAGUUCUUGGAGAAGCACACCAAGACGUGGCUGAUACCUUAAACUAUAUGGCGUUCGUUUUUAAGGACCUCGAACGGUAUAGUGAAGCCAUGGUAAUGCACAAACAAGCACUUGAUAUUCAACAUGAAAAUGGCCGUACUAGUGCAGUUGGGGAGACACAUGAAUAUAUGGGUCGCCUCUUGAAGGCCCAAUCCAGAGACCGAGAAGCUUCUGAGAAGUUCCAUGAUGCCCUUUCCGUUUAUCAAGACGUUUUCGAAGAGGGACAUGUCAAAAUUGAAGACGCAAGGAGAGAAUUGUCCAAUAUGUAG